AUGCCAGCGCCUACUGUAACUCCAACCGUCCAAGACCCGACUGCUCCAGAUCCUCAAAAGUGCCCAGGAUACCGAGCAUCAAACGUGCAGAACAACAAUCACGGCUUCACCGCUGAUUUGACCCUGGCUGGUCAGUCUUGCAACGUCUUUGGGACCGAUAUAAAAGAUCUCUCCCUUGUAGUCGACUAUCAAGCGAAAGAGCGGCUCAACGUUAGGAUUGUGCCAAAGCAUAUUGCGCCCUACAACAGCUCUUGGUAUAUCUUGGACUCUGAGUUUAUUGAACAGCCGCAGUGGGAUGGCAGCACGUCGUCUCAGAGCAGCGAUCUCCAGAUCAAGUGGAGUAACAACCCUUCCUUCCAAUUCUCCACCUCCAGGCGAAAUGGUGGCGAAGAGCUGUUCUCCACCUUUGGACAUGUCAUUGUCUAUGAAAGUCAGUUUCUGGAAGUUGUGACAAACAUGCAGCAAAACUACAAUGUCUACGGCAUCAACGAAAACAUCCACAACUUCCGCCUGGGCACAGACUACACGCAGACUCUCUUCAACGCAGAUACGGCUGAUCACCUGGAUGGAAACUCAUACGGCACGCAUCCCUUCUAUCAAGAGACCCGCUACUCUGAUGGCGGUUCCACCGCACAUGGAGUGUACUCUCGCAACGUCCACGCCCAAGACUGGUUGCUGCGCGAUACAAGCAUCACACUCCGAGCUAUUGGCGGCAGCAUAGACUUGUACUUCUUGAGUGGCGAGACUGAAACUUCUGAUGGGCCCACCUGGGGCGGUCGUCCAGGCUGGGGCAACUUCUGGUGGGGAGGGCACCACGGAGCUCACGGAGGGAAUGGUGGCCAGCAGACGUCAACUUCGACCGCUCUCGAAGUCUUCCGUCAGUACCAGGCAGGCUGCGUUGGCUUGCCAGCGAUGCAGAUGUACUGGACCUAUGGCUUUCACCAAUGCCACUGGGGCUACAAGAAUACCGACAAUCUGCGGGAGGUCGUGACCAACUACUCAAACGCUGGUAUUCCUUUGGAAGGUAUCUGGACAGAUAUCGACGCCUACGACCGCACAAGGGUCUUCACAAACGAUCCAGUCAACUUUGCCCCUGUUGAUAUGCAGUCACUCCAUGCGUGGCUCCAGUCUCGUGGACAGCACUACAUUCCUCUUGUUGACAGCAAUGUCUACUUUCCCAACCCAAACAACGCCAGCGAUGUGUACGAGCCGUUUCAAAGAGGUGAUGCACUCCAGACAUUCAUUCGAGACUCUGGCACUGGCUACUAUUACCUUGGAAACGGCUGGCCUGGCUUUAGUACUUGGGCGGACUGGCUCAUCCCUUCAUCGCAAACAUGGUUCACUGCUGAAAUGCAGCUGGCUCAUGAGCGUGCUCCUUACGAUGGCAUCUGGAUCGAUUUGAACGAGGCCGCUUCGUUCUGCGCAUACUCCUGCGGCAACGGCGAGCUCCCAGCAAGCUAUAUCCACCCGCCUUCUAACAUGUCUCGGGAUACCAGGAACCUCAACAACCCACCGUACAAACCGAAUGUCAGCCAAACCUCAACCAACAACAUCAUCGACAUGGUGAUCCUGCCGAACGCCACCCACAACGAUCCAUACAACACAACUGAGUACGACAUUCAUAAUCUGUUCAGCGUCGGCAUAUUGAGGGCAGCCUACAACGCGAUGUCUCAGACGGUGUUCCCUGGCAAAAGGCCAUUCAUCAUUGGUAGAGCCUCCGUUGCUGGCAGCGGUAGAUACACCGGCAACUGGGGCGGUGACAAUGACUCCAGAUGGGGCGCCAUGUUCCUGUCAAUCUCACAGGCACUGGGCUUCCAGAUGGUUGGUGUUCCGAUGUUCGGCACAGACACAUGUGGGUUUGGUAAUGCCGUUAACACGACAGAGGAACUGUGUGCACGGUGGGCGGAGCUCAACGCCUUCUUCCCAUUUUAUCGCAACCACUACGGUAUCGGCAAAGCACCACAAGAAUUCUACAACUGGGAAAGCGUAUCAGAAGCCGCCAGAAGAGUGAUCUCCAUCCGAUACAGCAUCCUGACUUACAUCUACACCUUGUUUUACUACGCACAUACCCAAGGUGACACCGUAAUGCGGGCCUUGGCUUGGGAAUUCCCAGACGACUCCACUCUCUACCAGACGGACACGCAAUUCCUACUGGGCCCUUCGAUCCUGGUGACCCCCGUCUUGACCGAAGGCGAUUACACCGUCAAUGGCGUGUUUCCAGGAAUUGGACAAGGCACAAGAUGGUUUGACUGGUACACGUUGCAGGAGGUGAAGAAUGUUCGACCGCAGCAGAACGUCACAAUGGAUGCACCGCUUGAGCAUAUCAAUGUUCACAUCCGGGGCGGUACUGUUCUGCCUACUCAGGCACCUGGCAACACCACUACGGUGACGAGAUCUAACCCGUACGGUAUCAUCAUCACGCCGGACAACCAAGGCUCUGCCAGCGGAAACCUGUAUUUGGACGAUGGCGAGAGUAUUAGCCCAAGUUCGACCAAGCUAGUCGAGUUCGACUACUCUCGCGGCCGCUUAACUACCAAGAAUACAGGCAACUACCAAGCCACCGCACCCUUGGCGAACAUCACCAUAGCGGGCGUAUCACGACAGCCACGCAGCGUGACGUUCUCGACGGGCCGUGGCCGCCCCAGUAACGUGAAGAGUCACUUUGCGAACAAUACUCUGUAUGUUACUGGCUUGGAGCAGUACACCAGAGGAGGAGCGUGGCAGAAUGAGUUUACGCUGCAGACUUCCUAG